AUGUCUCUCAAACGCAAGGCUUCCUUCUCCACCCCAUCCAUACCAUUUGCACCCGUGUCCUGUGAAAUGGACAUGGUCGAUAGCUCCAAACACCUCAACAGCCGGACAAGAAAGCGAUUUCGCGAUGGUCGCCCCAAUGAGGAGGUAGUAUAUGGUAAGACUUCAACCCACCUUGCCCUGCAAAAGCAAAUCGCCAGACGCGACUGCUAUGCAGUGCGUUGCACCAAAACAAGCCAAGCUGACCAGCAACCAGCCAAAACCCUCCGCUGGAUUUUCUCAGCCCAGCAACAACAGCCUGCCGUUCCGAUGGACACAAGUGAAGAAAUCAUGGAAGAAGACCCAUCCUUUCAAACACCCGCACCCGAAACCGAAACCGUUGAUCCACGACAACACACAUUGUUGCGAUUCUUCCAGCCCCGAGCACAACCCGUACCCCGUUUCAAACCCUCCCGUGAGGCACUGGUGCCCCGUGCAAAUGAGACCAUUAUGUCUCAGGAUGAGGCCCUGCGGCGCGCGGCAUUCCAGCAGAUGAAUGCUGGUGCUGGAUCGACUGGAAGUGAGACAAGUACUGGAUUCAACCAGGAUAUGGAUAUGAAUAUGGAUAUGGACACAGAUGAGAGCAGUGAAGGCUCCAAUUUGUCUCCCAAUGUAGGAGGUAUGGCAUGGAUGUGA